CGCAGCUCUCGUGGGGCCGGCGGAGCGGAGCGGAGAGGGACGUGUGAUUUUCUCUUUUCCUCUUUGUGCUCACUCAAGAGUUGAGGCCGGUCUCCAGCGCUCUGCUCCGUUGGGUUUUAUGUAAGCGGACACCGCUCUCCGUAAAUAGUCCGGUAAGCCGUUUAACCGUACCGCCUGGCCGUCGGUACCGUUUUGUUUCGUGGAAGCGCUCCAGUCCCUGUCCGUGUUCCUCGGAGCGACCUUGGACAAAAGCUCCGGUGCGGUUUCGUCGGGAAGGGGGAUUUUUAACUCACUCACAUCCAGUUUUCUAAUUUAUUCAUUUUUUAAAAGUUCGACACAAAAGGAGCCCCAGAGCCGCUCUCCGCUUCGUCUCCGGUACCCCGCGUUUACACUUCCACACCUCCGGUGGAGGAGCCCGAGCCGAGCGACAAUGGCAGCUGUGACGAGCCCGGAGACGAGCCCUCAACCCCGGGUAUAUUUCCAGACGCCGGCCGGCACCACGGAGGAACCGGAGAUGCCGGUUCGGAAGCAGGGACGCGUUACCGUCAAAUACGACCGCAAGGAGCUGAGGAAGAGACUGAACCUGGAGGAGUGGAUCAUCGACCAGCUAACGGACCUCUACGACUGCGAGGAGGAGGCCAUCCCUGAGCUGGAGAUAGAUGUGGAUGAACUUUUGGACAUGCCCAGCGACGUGGAGCGAGCAGCCAGAGUUAAGGACCUGCUGGUGGACUGUUUUAAACCCACUGAGGACUUCGUCUCAGAGCUGCUGGACAAGAUCCGAGGAAUGCAGAAGCUCUCCACACCACAGAAGAAAUGACGGCAUCUGUCUUUGUCCUCCAGCGUUUUUAAUUUAAUGUCUCUUUUCUUCUUGACGUGCUAAAACCUCGGCCUGCUCUGGUUUUGUUGGACCCUCCCGGAUCCAGACUCGCGUGCUGCUCGUAGUUUAGUUUUUCAUAACCCGGAGUGGUUUUAGACCAGCAUGUUGGUUUGGAUCCAGGCGCUCUCCUUCCCUCUCGUUUCUACUCCUGCAGUCAUUUGGCUCUCCUCCUCCUCCUCCUCCUCCUCCUCCUCCUGCUCCUCUUCCUCCCAUCUGUCUGAAGAGGAGCAGGAGAGGAGCCGAGACCCGUGAUUACUAACAAAAGAAACCCCACGGAGGCUGAGAGUGGGAGGAGCAGGAGAAAUACGAGCCAACAUCUCAAAAUCAUGCGAGUAAGCCGGAGAGCUGGGGAGGGGGAGGGGCCAAUGCUAAAGCCUCCACCAAUCAGAGUCCUUGUGAUUAUUUGAAAUAGUUUCAGCUUUUCCCAAAUCCCUACCUGUCAUCUAUAAAUCUUUUCCUGGUUUGGUCGGAGGCUCAGAGUUCACAGUUCCACUUUAGUGUUUUUAACUUUUAUAGCUGACUUGUGGGAGCUCGCAGCUCACUAGUCCCCCCGGUGGAACGGAGGCGUCGCUGCUGCGCCGUGUUCAAAGACCGUCGUUCUUUUGUACUCCUCUUGGAAAAAAGUCUGACGUGGGGGAAGAAAAUCCAGACCUCUGACCACAAAGGUUUGUGUUUAGUGCAGCCAAGAGGAAAAUGUGAUGCCCGGAGGAGGGAGGAGUCACUGGUUAGCUGUAGCGGUCGUGUGGCCAGACCAGAUUUAGACUGAAACUUAGAGCAGAUGUGGAUUUUUAGGUUUCCUCUGACGUGUCACAGGAGAUGACGGCUGACCAGCCUGCACAUACAGUCUGUAUGUCCGUGUUGCUAAAUGCUAUUAGUGUGUGUUGCUACAUAAAGUACAGCAGCAUCUGUCAUAGUACGGAGUGUUUUUGGGCCUGUGUAUUCUGCUGUUACGUAGGACAGACUAGUUGUUUUGGUAUGGGACUGGUUCCUGUUGUUUUGUACUGUCUCACACACACACACACACACACACACACACACACACACACACACACACACACAGAUGAUCCUAACGGGGAACCUAGAUUUAGAAAAAGCUGCCUUUUUUUAAACUCACAGCAUCCCAACUCCUCUUCUCACCCUCACUUUUCUAAUCUCUAAAUAAUCCGAUGACAUCAUUGUUUUUACCAGGGACGUAAUUUUCACUUUAGAAGUGGGGGUGGGGGGGGGGUCUUUACAGUAUGCUCCAAUGGGAAGCAGGCUUUUCUGCUUGGUCCUAGAGCUCACCCAGUGUCAGUUUAAUAUAGCGUAAUAUUGUUUUUGGAUGGUAAAAAGUGCAGGGGUCAAAACUUAACUUUGGAAAAAAGUGGGGGGACAUGUCCCCCCUGUCUCCCCCCAAAAUUACGUCCAUGGUUUUUACCAACGGAGCCGUGGCUUUCGUCAGCUGCUUUUCAGGUCUUUUUUCCUCUCGCACGUUCCCCCGCUGCCAAUCAUCUCGAAGAUUAAGCCAUCUGCGUCUGAUCACUGACCAAUCAGAUCAGAACUCGCUGACCGACAGGAGAAACGCUCGCAGUGAUUCCCGUGACCAGCUCUUAAACUCCUGCAGACCUUUUACUGUCUCGCCUUCCUCUCAGUGCACAUUUUCAUCUCUCCUCCAUCUGAAUCCACCCUUCUUCCCAUUGGUUACCUUUUAAACGGAUGUUGCCUUAGGUAUCAUUUAUGUUACACAAACCAAAAAGGAAACGGUCUUUUUAUUCUGUUUUUUUUAACUGAGCAGAAGUGACAGCGUGUGGGGAAUCUGAAACUGUCUGCCGCUCUUUGUUUUCACUUAUUUUUUAUAAUCAUUAGAAGUGUGUGUUUGAUACUUAGGCCUUGAUCGAGUGGUUCUGUUGAGACAAACGCUGACCAGUGGUCUGUUUUUGUUGUGAUCAUGAUGACACUUCUCAAUGCCAAGCCUUGGAUUGAUGUGUAGUUGAACAAAAAAAAAAACAUUCAGAUGCAUUCUGGUGCGAUUGCUUUUGCCUUUUUCUGUGGCGUUUCCAGACUGAGCUCUCUGCGAAUUCAUUUCAUUGGUCAGAUUGUACCAGCAGGUGAGUUAAGUCAGUAGUGGAUUCAUUAUUAUUAUUAUUUUUUCUAAACCAGGUUUGGAUGAUUCUACCUUCUUAGACUGUUAUUGACGAGUCCGUUUUUUACUGUUGGAGAACGUUGCAAAAAAAAAAGAACAAAAAAAACACUGAUUAUUAUAAUUGAGGCUAAAUACACGAGCUAAACAAUGCAGUUUGGAGUGAUGCUGGUACUGUUUUGUCUUUGAACACGAUUGGAUAAACAAACAAAUGUAGCAAUAUCUACAACAGGUUUUGGUUUUGCCCAAUUUUGUUACACUUUUAUGCAACUUUAAUAAAAACAUUUCAAAUGAA